GCGGGGUUUGCCUCGAGGGCUUCUUUGAUCUACAUCAUUAUGGAAUCAUCCAUUGACUGGUGUGAAGCAAACUAUGCUUUCUCGCCCUAUAUUGCUGAAUUCUGGAACUCCAUUUCCUCCAUCGCCAUGAUACUUCUUGGAGAGAUCAGAUUCUACAAGAUAGCGUCAAAGCAGUUUCGAUUUGUAUUUCAUCUUAUUACGGCUGUUGGGAUUGGCAGCUUCUUGUUCCACGCAACACUGAAUAGAUACACUCAAGCUAUGGAUGAAGUGCCCAUGGUCUGGGCUGCAAUCGCUUUAUUUUUCAUCAUGUUGGAAACACGAUUUGGCCCAAUGCCAAAGGUAGCAGUUGGAUUUACACUCUAUGCCAUAUUUGCUACCAUCAUGGUAGUUGCUCCGGCAAGUCAGUACCAAUUCUAUGUAUUUCAUGGUACAUUUGGGUCUUUAGAAGUCAUCUCCAUUAUCAUGAUUUGGACUAUCUAUCGAGCAAAGAAGACCAAGAUUCCAGGUUUGGAGACUUUGUUCAAAAGAGGUAUAUCCAUAUAUGCCCUGGCCGUAGUCUGUUGGAUGGUGGAUCUUCAUUUUUGCAACUGGCUAUCCUCGCUGCCCGUCAAUCCUCAGCUCCAUGCUUUCUGGCACAUUUUUGCUUCAAUUGGCUUAUUGCACCUGUUUUCCAUCGUCUAUGUAGAUCGUCUAGAAAAAGAGGGCAGCGCACCUUAUGUUUCUUAUAGAUAUGCUUGUAUUCCUGUAGUAAAUUAUAAAGCUGACUGAUGGCGCUGAAAGUCGCACGCAGUCUCGCCAAAAAAAUUAGUCGUCAUCAAGCGUCUUUUGGAAUGCGAUACCCGACAAAAAUCACAGUUUCUUAUGGAGGUAUAUGAUUCUCAGCUCAUUCUUUAAUAAAAUCAGAAUUUGUUUCAGUCG